CGUCCCACACGUAGAUGUUGUGGUCCACCAUCAUGGAGCAGGUGGCCAGAUGGAACUUUCUCUCCGGGCGCCACUUGACUCGUGCGACUGAGGCGAUGGUUUGGACACAGUAGAUCUCCUUUGCACGGUUUGUAGUCAUGUCCCACACCUUCACCAUCUUGUCUCUGCCUCCGGUGGCCAGCCAGCCCCUACAACAGGUACAUAUGUGGUGACCCUAGUAAUGGUUUGACAUUUCUCUGCUGUUUCUUACUGCUGCAGUUUCUUACUGUUCACAACCGUUCACAACGGCAUUUCAACUCCUUUAUCGCAUCAUUUGAAUCAAGGUAUUACUUUCGACUUUAGCAGCAUUGAAUGUGUUCAUCUUUUAGUGUUUGUUAAAGAUAAGUGGGGGAAUAUGGUUGACGCACAAAGGAAAUCAAUGUAAAUUCUAUGGUCACGAUUACUAGCCUUCUCCCACUUGCCACUGUUCAUAUUCAACCGGAGUUUAUCUGCGGGUCUCGAUACUAUACAACGUUGAAUAAACAAAGACAGCAGACAACUUUUAUGACUGUACACAUGAAUAGGAUUAAAGAUCAAGUCUAUGAUAUUACCACAAUUUAGAUUUAAUAGUUUCACCCGUAGUGAUGCCUUUGUUAUAGAGCGAGACUAGAACUUAAAUAAAAACAGAAACCGAUCUUAUUUGCUUAUUGGCAACAGUUCAAACAGGUUUACCUGUCAUCUGGGUGCCAGUCGCAGCAGAACACAGGACCAGUGUGGGCAGUGAACAUUCGCUCGUAGCGGUCAGGUCGCCUGAUGUCCCAAAGCUGGACGUUGCCGUUCUCAAAGGAAGCAGCAAAAGUGUGGUAAUCCUUCAUGCUGAACUGGACAUCCCUCACACUUUCCGACUGCCCUGUGAGUGAGAAGCAAUAUGCAGGACGUGGUGACGUGGACUACAAUAUUGAUCACAUCAGUUGGAGGAAAAAUGAUAUUAGUCCAAGUCAAUGCUCUUAAACAGCAAACUGUUCAUGAGCCAGGCAUUAUUUACCAGAGAAAGUGCUGACAGACUCCUUCUUCCGCAAGUCGAAACACUUCAUGAAUCCAUCCUGCGAGCCGCUGAGAAGCAUGUAAACUUCGGUGGGAUGGAAACACACCUUGUUCACAGUUCGCUUGUGUUCAGUGAACAACUGGUCCUGCUUGUUCCGAGAGGGUUUCCCAAGGUCCCAGGUGACCACUGCCCCGUUUGUAGCAGCGGUGGCCAGCAAGUUCUCUUCCAUUUGGUGCCACAUGACGUCGGCGCAGCUGAAGUUCAGAGACGGUUUGCGACCCACACGCAGGUUUAGUUUCUCCACAAACUGCUCUUCCUCGAGGGCAUAGAUCUUGAAAAUGUUGCGACCAGCCACCACCACCUGUGUGGCAUCUCGGCACACGCUGAUGGCAUUGGCAGGAGCAUCCAAGUGGCAGAACAUGGUUCGGCCACUGAUGGCACUGUUGCCUAGGGCGGUGGUGACCCGUGCCAUCUUGUCCAUGUUCCUUUAAUGUCACAAAACAACUUCAGCAUAAAACAAACAAGUGGGCAACAAACAAUAGCUAAUGAAAGGCUUCGAGUCAGGCUCCGCAUCUUAUUUUUACCUUUUAUUUAGGACAAAUUUUCCAAGGUCACCCACAGUUGAUGGUCGGCCACUGAGUUACCCACCACAAGAUGCGAGUUUAUCACUGCAUGGAGACAACACACAGUCAUCAAGUGACUGAACACUGAUGGACUCUCAUAGACGUUCCAAAGUACACCAACAGGGGGCACCAUUGUGACAACAAAGCAUGUCCCAUCAAGAAGGAUGGGGGCUGCAGCCAUUUAAGCAGGUAUUAGUUCAUUUCAAGAGGGCGGAAUACUUCAGAUAAGCUAUUUAUCUCAAAUAUUUUUGCCAAUCCCUUACUUGCAUUACCUUAAUAUCCUUAUACCAAAAGCAUAACAGGUAUGCUUUGUUCAUUUUACGACAAGUUUAUACACAAGUUAACGCAGAAUAGAUAAAUAGAAUUGUGCAGUAUUUUGAGGCAAAUCAACAUUACUUCCGAAACCAAACAGCGUGAGAACUUACUUUUUGGAGAAUGGGCGUCCUGGUCGUAGUGUGAAUUCACUUCAUGGGUUUCCAGCAAAGAAAACCUGACAACAAGCACAAACUUUUAAGCAAGACAGCACUGGUGUUUGACGUCUGAACCCCCCUCCAAUAAUAAUCAUAAUAAUAAUAAAAACACGACUAUAUGUUUUUUUAUUAAACAUAAGAGAUAAUCAGCCAUGAUUUUAUACCAUUUUUUAAAAGAACUUUAAGGAAUUUAACGCAUUAUUAUGUUGUUACGUAAAACAACAACCCAUAACAAUGCUGUGGUAACACUUUGUAUAUAAAAGUAUGGUAGCGUGCAGUAGAAUAACUAGAUAUCAUCUUUAAAGUAACCAAAUUUGAAACGACUUCCCCCACAUUUAAAUUCAACUUGCACACACUGCGCAGCAAACGCUACGACCUUCGGCACAGUUUUCGUCUGUUUUGUUUUAGUCAUUUCCUUGUGUACACUGUUGAUUCUUCCACAUUCGGUUAUUCUAUAAGGACAGCGCAGCACUGUGUGUUUGUAGACCUCAGGUUUUUAGUGUCUUGUUUAAGACAGUUAUGGGUAAACAUCACUUUUUCAUUGUGACAUCUGGCGAACACUCGCUGCUUCAUAAACAACGCUAGGAUGCUAACGCUAACAGGCAGGUCUGCUGAUGCAGGCUUAAGGGUUAACGAAUAAAUAUAUGUGCUUCAAACAACUACAACAUGUAAACAACCGUUGGCUGUACGUGUUGGGUAGAUGACUACGCCAAGACUAGACUUGAAAGGAAAGAAAUCGGGUGCCUAACCUUAAACUUGCUCAUAGCUCGUAGCACCGGAAGUGUUUUCUUAUGUGUUCUCGCGAGAUUUCCGACACGCGCGUCGUUCAAUCGGAAGCUGCGUAAGUGUCAGUGCGCGAGUAUAGCGUUAGUUCCAAUAAACAAAUCGUGUAUCGUCUUCUUUUUACUUUGUGCGGAAGCUCGUCGUGUGAGCUGCCAUGGCUGCUCUGUUCAACUGCGACGACCCAGUCACAUGGAGGACAGUGUUCGAUCAGUACUGGAGUGUGGUCAAAGACAAGAGUUCAGCCAAGAAACCACCGGGGAAACUGCUCGACUUGGAGAAGUGGUACCAAGAGGAGCUUCCCUCACUGAUUUCGUCUCGAGCACAGAGAUACAUAACACUGUCAGAGAUGGUGAAACUGAUGGAGUGGAAACUCACGAGAGGGAAGUUCCGGCCUCGACUGCAGCAGCUCGUGGCGUCCAACUGUGCGGACACUGUAGAGAAAUGUUCCAGAAAGGCCUUCCUCCUGCUGCCUGACGUGCUGGCAGCCAUUACCGAGCUCAGCACUCUGAAAGGAGUUGGCCCUGCCACGGCGUCAGCUGUGCUGGCGGCCGGAGCUCCUGAUCUGGCUGCAUUCAUGUCUGAUGAAGCCAUGGAGAGUGUUCCGGGACUGAAGCCCAUCCAGUACACAGCCAAACACUACACACUGUAUCUGGACGAGAUGGUGAAGAGGACAGAAAGGCUAACCAAAGUGGACCCCACGCAGGACUGGACCCCCCACAGAGUGGAGCUGUGUUUGUGGGCGUGGACCAUCGGCAUGCAGCUGCAGCAUCCAGCUCUCAUGGAGGUUGAUGUGAAGAGUGUGAAGGAGAGUGCAGGCGCUGAUCAGAGACCAGCUAAGAGGCUUAAAAGCAAGUGAAAAUAUGUCAUUGUUUCCCAACAAAUGCUUUUGUCUGUUUCCUUAUGA